AUGAAAACAGCGGAUAGUCAGUACUUAAAAUAUUGUUUGUUUCUGUCCAGAACCAAAUUAGGAACGGUUGAAAUAUUAUUUGGAAAUAAGCAACUCUUUGCCUACAUUCAGGGAAGGUUUUUAAUAUUCGGCAGUAUGAAAUUUGAAUCAAUUGAAGAUCUUUGUAGUUACAUGAAGAAAGAGUAUAAAUCAUUGUAA